UUUAGUAUGGUCGGAAGUCUCUCUACUCUGAGUUAUAUAUGUCCAUUCCUCCUCCUCUAGGGUUGCAGCAUCCCCAACAAGCUUUCUCAAUGGAUCUCCAAAACGACGGCGUUUCAAAACCCAUUUCCGUCAUCACUUGCAUUUCGUUGGCAUUGCUCUACGUCGUCACCUUAUACGCUCCCACCUUCCUCCUUCGUCUCCCUCCUCCUUCUUCUUUCACCAAUUUCAUGAUCCGACGCUUCCUAUGCGCCCUCAUUUCAACCACUCUCUCCCUCUUCAUCACUCCUUUCAUCCUCCCCGCGCAAACUAGGGACUUGACAUACAUUUUGGGUGUUUAUGGCAUCCGAGUUGAUCGCAUGUGGCAGGCUUUGGUCCUUCCUCUUUCCUUGACCUCUCUAUUGUAUGCUGGCUCAUUGCUCCUCAAGUCUCUUCAGUUGUUUGAUUUUUGGAGGCAACAUGGAAUUUUUGGUGGCGGGCUUUCCUUUAAUUCCUUCAAAUGUGCCGCGACGAGCGUUAUUGAUUGGUUGUCUGAAAUUUCAUUGAAUAUUAUGACUUGGCGAAACUAUAUUGUGGGACCCCUUACUGAGGAGCUGGUAUUUAGGGCUUGUAUGAUACCUAUACUUCUCUGUGGAGGGUUUAAACCAUACAACACCAUGAUUCUAUGCCCCAUUUUCUUCAGCUUAGCUCAUUUAAAUCAUUUCAUGGAGAUAUACACCAAACAUAACUACAGUAUAAAGAAGGCUGCUAUGGUUAUAGGACUCCAGCUUGGCUACACUGGUGUCUUUGGAUCAUAUGCUUCUUUUCUUUUCAUUCGAACAGGGCAUCUUGCUGCUCCAUUAGUUGCUCAUGUAUAUUGUAACUUUAUGGGCCUACCUGUAUUGUAUUCCCAGAGAAGUGGGAUUGUGAGUAUAGCGUCCAUUAUUGGAUUUCUGGGUUUCUUAUGGCUUCUUUUCCCAAUGACGGGCCCAGAGUUGUAUAAUGAUAGAAUAGACAAUUGCAGUUGUUGGCAAGGCUACUGCUCAUGGAGCGAAAGAAUACGAAAGUCCUAGAUGUAAAUCUUCGUUUUCAUUCUGUAAGUUAAGUUAUGCCACCAUUGUCAAAUUACCAUGUGAAAUAAUUACUCAAUUUAUGUUUUAGGUAAGAAUUUCUGAGUUAAACUUUAUCAGUAGGCUUUGGUAUGGCGUAGUGACAAGAUUAGUUUUUAAUUGUCAUAUGUCUUCUCUAAUCGCAAAAAAUUACAACUAACAAGAGUUUUCGUCUUUUUUUUAUUAUAGAAAAACAAGUUCACAGAAAAAUAUGUUGUUGUAGUGUUGAUGAAUUUUUAUAUUGAUUUAGGCUUUGCAUUUGCAGAUCUCAACCAAAAAAAUCUCUAUUCUCACUUUUUAUUUCUCUUUCUCUCUUAUUGAACAUGAACAAUGACUAUGUUUAGCUUGGUGGUGAGGUGAGUAUGAUUAGUUUGGCCAAAUCAAUAUAAAUUAGAUAUUGUGUUACUAUUUUUUAGAAGAUUUUGGAUUCUUUCUUUGGUGCUGUUGUGAAUCUGAAUGGUUUGAUAUUGACUAUGUUUUGCCAAAUACAUGAGCUGUUUGAUUAAGAUCGGAUUAAUUAGAUUGUGUAGUUGUAAUAUUGUAUGAAUGUUGGAUAGUUUUGACCGCAUGGAAUCCAACUUUAUGAUGCGAGAGGGUAAACUGAUUGU